CCUCCCUCUCCCAUUUUCGCAUCAACUCUUACCUCGCCCAGCCUUCAAUUGAUUGCAGCCAUCUUCUUCUACUCCUUCGACUACUUCGUCUGAUUUCAACGUUCUUUCCGGCACCAACCUUCAUUAAUUUCUUCUUUCACGCCUCGGCCAUGGAUGAGACUAUUGAAGUUCCUCCCUUCUUUUUGUGCCCCAUCUCCUUGGAAAUCAUGAAGGAUCCCAUCACCGUCUCCUCCGGGAUCACCUACGACAGAGAGAGCAUCGAGAAAUGGCUCUUCUCGGGCAAAAACAAGUCAUGCCCCGUCACCAAACAGCAGCUCUCAGUAUCGGACUCCUCCGACCUUACUCCCAACCACACCCUUCGUCGUCUGAUUCAAUCCUGGUGUACCAUGAACGCUUCUCACGGCAUCCAAAGGAUUCCGACGCCUAAACCUCCCAUCACCAAAACCCAAGUCGCCAAGAUCAUUAGAGACGCUUCUCAGUCUUCUCAUUCGCCUGUUAAAUGCCUCCAAACACUCAAAUCCAUUGCUUCCGAAAGCGACGCUAAUAAACGUAGCAUAGAAGCUGCCGGCGCAGUUGAAUUCUUGGCAUCGAUUGUCCUCCGCAACACAGAUUUCUCGUAUACACCUGAAGAGGACGGUGACGUGUUUGAAUUGAAAACGAGCGGAGGUGAUGAAGCCUUGAGCAUCCUCCACAGCCUCCACCUUUCCGAGGCUGGCUUGAAGACUCUCUUAACCCUCGAAAACCGAUCAUUCAUUGAUUGCUUGACCAGAAUCAUGCAGAGAGGAUUCUAUGAAUCACGGGCUUAUGCGGUCUUAUUGUUAAAAUCGAUGUUUGAAGUGGCUGAUCCCACGGUUUUAUCCCAUUUAAAACCUGAAAUGUUCGUUGAACUAGUACAACUAUUGAAAGACCAGAUAUCCCAGCAAGCCUCCAAGGCUACUCUAAGAACACUGAUCCAAAUAUGUCCAUGGGGCAGAAACAGGUUAAGAGCAGUGGAAGCAGGAGGCGUAUCGGUAUUGAUAGAGCUUCUUCUAGAUUGCAAGGACAGGAAGCCAUGUGAGAUGAUGCUGGUGUUGUUGGAGAUGCUGUGCGGGUGCGCCGAGGGGAGAGCGGAGCUGCUGAGUCAUGGGGCGGGAAUCGCCAUAGUGUCGAAGAAGAUUCUGAGGGUGUCGACGAUGGCCAAUGAUAGGGCCGCGAGGAUUCUGUUGUCCAUUGCCAAGUUCUCAGCAACUCCGAUCGUUUUGCAGGAAAUGUUGCAGGUGGGUGUGGUGGCCAAGCUGUGUUUGGUGCUUCAAGUGGAGAGUGGGCGAAAGGCUCAGGACAAAGCCAGAGAGAUUCUGAGAAUGCAUUCUCGGGCUUGGAGGAAUUCUCCAUGCGUACCCAGCAAUUUGCUUUCUUCUUACCCGAAUUGAAUUGAGCGUCAAUGAGAGUUUUGACCUUUUAUUUUUCUUUUGUAUAUUUUCCCUCUCUGUUGUUUAAGUCUGGUGUACAGAAUUAUUUUGAGAGAUAUGAAGAAUAAAUACCAGUAUGGGCAUCAAUUACAGCCCAUGCGGGGUAGAUUGGUUGAUCGACACAUGGAUUAUGCUUAUAAUGGAUUGCUGACACAAAUGGUGUCAUAGACCAA